UCCACUCCUCUCCUGAGGUGCUGACAGACCCUGUGCUGCGUGUGCACCGGUGAGUGCUGGGAACAUGAGCAGGGCUUUCCACAGAGGGAUGCUCUGAGCAGGGCAGGAGGGCCUUUGCAGAGUACAUGCAUGGCUCCUGAAGCCCACCCACCAAGAUGUCCUGCCAGCAGAACCAGCAGCAGUGCCAGUGCUCCCCCAAGUGCCCCCCCAAGUGCCCUGUCCAGAAAUGCCCCCCCAAGUGUCCCAAGUGCCCCCCAGCCCCUCCCUGCUGUGACCCCAGCUGUGGGGACUGCUGCAGCUCUGGGGCUGGGGGCUGCUGCCUGAGCCACCACAGGCGCCGCAGGUCCCACCGCCGCAGACACCACAGCCCUGACUGCUGCAGCCAGCCCUCGGGGGGCUGCUGCUGACCUGGGCCCUGAGGCAAGAAGCGCUGACCUGGGGCAGCAAAUGGACACACACGUCCUCCCCCUGCUGCUCCCCCUGCUGGGCCUGCCCCUGUGCUGGGAGGUCUGGGGGAGGCCUCUGAGCUCUGGUGCAGAGGAUGCCUGUGCCCUGGGGUCCAGGAGCCUCAAACCUCUCCCCAAACCCACAUAUUGACCUCCUUUCCCAUAUGUGUGGCGGCCCUGGGAACCCCAAAGCACAGACCCUGUGUCCCUCUGCAGCUUCUCUUUUUGCCCUAACCCAGCCUGAUGUGAUACAAUAAAACUGGAAAUCUGCAUUC